GAGCCUGAGCAUACAGGCGGAUGGGGGACAAGAAGCAGGGAGGCAGCCCGGGGGUUGCCGGGCCCGUCUGAACCUGGGCCAAAGGGUUCUCUUCACACAACUUCCGCAGGCGGCAACCAUGUCUCAGCCCGCGGCCAAGGCCUCGGCCACCGCCGCCGUGAACCCAGGGCCCGACGGGAAGGGGAAGGCGGGCCCGCCCCCAGGCCCCGCCCCGGGCUCCGGCCCCGCCCCCGCCCCCGCCCCGGCCCCCGCCCAGCCGGCGCCCGCGGCCAAAGCGGACCUGCCUCCCGGCAGCUACAAGCUGGUGGUCUUUGAGCAGGAGAACUUCCAGGGCCGGCGGGUGGAAUUCUCCGGGGAGUGCUUGAACCUGGGAGACCGUGGCUUCGAACGAGUGCGCAGCAUCAUUGUCACCUCCGGACCCUGGGUCGCCUUUGAGCAGUCCAACUUCCGGGGGGAGAUGUUCGUCCUGGAGAAAGGCGAGUACCCACGCUGGGACACGUGGUCCAGCAGCUACCGCAGCGACCGGCUCAUGUCCUUCCGCCCCAUCAGGAUGGAUGCCCAGGAGCACAAGCUCAGCCUGUUCGAAGGGGCCAACUUCAAGGGCAACACUAUGGAGAUCCUGGAGGAUGACGUGCCCAGCCUCUGGGUCUACGGCUUCUGUGACCGCGUGGGCAGUGUGAGGGUCUCCAGCGGAACCUGGGUUGGCUACCAGUAUCCCGGCUACCGUGGGUACCAGUACCUCCUGGAGCCUGGCGACUUCCGGCACUGGAACGAGUGGGGGGCCUUCCAGCCGCAGAUGCAGGCCGUGCGCCGCCUGCGUGACCGGCAGUGGCAUCGCGAAGGCUGCUUCCCUGUCCUGGCCGCCGAGCCGCCCAAGUGAGUCCACACGCUGCUCGUGUGGCCUGCCCUGCUGCGGGCUCAUCGUCCCCACCUUCCCCACGCAAAUAAAAAUUCCAGAAGCCAA